UUGGGGACGGAAUCCUCUAUUUUAGGGUUUUCCAAAGACAAAUUGAUCGAGAAUGGUCGCAAAUGGUGCAGCUCCUCCUAGAGGCAGCGCUGCGGCAGCUGCUAGCUUGUGUAGGCGGAGGACGACUGGUGGUGGAACAGCAACAGGGGCCACAAUGCUCCAGUUUUACACAGAUGAUGCUCCAGGGCUUAAGAUUUCUCCCAAUGUUGUGCUUAUCACGAGUAUUGGAUUCAUAGCUUUUGUAGCCAUUUUACAUAUCAUAGGUAAGUUGUAUUUGGUGCCUAGGGAAGAUGGUAGGUCUUAACUCUUAAACAGGAAAAUUUACUAGUAUGCCAUGACUUUUGGAACUCGAAAACAAAAAUUCUCAAUGGGGUUAUAUGGA